UGAUCUCUCGCAGCCUUCCUUGUGUCCCGCACCCAUCAGCGGCUGCGCGGCUCGCUCAGAAUCGCUCGCUCCUCGCGACUCGGGUGACGGCUGCUGAGGCGACGUUGGCGGAACUCAACAUGGCGUUCACGUUCGCGGCCUUUUGUUAUAUGCUGGCAUUGCUUCUGACUGCGGCGCUAAUCUUCUUCGCCAUUUGGCACAUAAUAGCAUUUGAUGAACUCAAGACGGACUACAAGAAUCCCAUAGAUCAGUGUAACACACUGAAUCCACUGGUGCUCCCUGAGUACCUGAUCCAUGUCUUCUUCUGUGUAAUGUUCCUCUGUGCAACUGAAUGGCUCACCCUCGGACUCAACAUGCCUCUCUUGGCCUACCAUGUCUGGAGGUACAUGAGCCGACCAGUGAUGAGCGGUCCAGGGCUUUACGAUCCAACCACAAUCAUGAAUGCAGACAUUCUGGCAUACUGCCAAAAAGAGGGCUGGUGCAAACUUGCCUUCUAUCUGCUAUCUUUUUUCUAUUAUCUCUAUGGGAUGAUCUAUGUGCUGGUGAGUUCUUAAACGGAGACUGUGACAAGAGGGAGAACUGCAUGCAGGAUGCGAACACUCUGAAGCUGGAGAUCUGAAAAUGGACCUGUAGAAGACAUCCUUUGUGUUAUUCUACAUAUUAAAGGAUGAACUCUUCAGACUCCUUGUAGUACCAGGCAUCACUAAGAAACACAUCCCUUUUAAGCAAAGAUUUUCUUUUAAUGUUAUUUACAGUACACAUGAAUAUUUCAUGUGCAUAUUUUAUUUGGAAAUAAAAUGAGUUUGACAGGCUGUGUAGCCAUUUAGUUCACAAAAUUAGGUAUAUGAAAUCACAGCUGUUUUUACUUUAGAAUGAAUUGACUAUUAGCAGAAAAGGGUUUACUUCCCCCUGAAAUAUCUUGCAACACCAGGUUGGCUAUAAAGUAAAAUUUCCUUCACAGUAUUGGGUAAGGUGUCUUGUCAGUGCACUCCUGAGUAAUCAGAUUAACAUGGUGCAUGUUAAACUGCAGUAAUUCCAGCUUUCUGAACAAAAGCUUAUAGAUACAGUGAAGUUUCCUUUAGGCCCUUGGUACAUAAGUAAACUGCUGCUUAAGGGUGCUAGGACAGUCAUUUCAUUAGUUUACAAGAAUUUUUUUUUUAAAAGACAUGAAUUCUAUUGUUUGCAAGUUAUUAAAAAUGUGUAAUUACAGGAUACCUCCUCCCCCACCCGUUUUCUAAAUCAGCCCUCAACUUUUCUCUCGGGCAUAAUCUUCUACAGGGUAC